CUGUGAAGGUAGAUUCCGAGAGCCUCAUCGUGUUGGUGGCACCACCCGGAUUAGCUUUCAUCAAGCAUUAAUGGUUGCUUGAGACGAGAACAAAGUGUUGUACGAAAAGGGAACAACUGUGGGUUAUAAAUGCUUGGUAGAUUCCCAGUGGGUUGAGCAAUACCAGUCCACAGCUCAAUCGAUAAUCUAGAGCUCCGUAGCUGCCACCCUGACAUCAAAGCCAUGGCGUUGGCGUCAGAUCUGGAGCACGUACUGUUGCAUGUACUGCCGAGGCCUGCGAUGAUGCCGCAGGGGCGACUACUAGGCAUGCCAAACCACAUGGAGAUGAUUCGAGACCUCCUCUGGGCUAUCAAUGGCACGAUCUUGGACGCCGAGCUUCGAGCGUUGAAGGAGCCGGAGUUGGAGGAGUGGGUGACUGACGUCGGUGCAGCCAUUGUGGACGUCGACGAUCUGCUCGGUAGGAUCCUUGCCUGGCAUCCAAGAGGAGGAGCGGCUGCAGCAUCGAAUCGCUCCAUCUGCAGCAUCCGGGCGGCCUCUCGCCGACCCAUUCUAUUGAAGCUCAAGGAGAUGGUGGGCCGGCUGAAGUAUCUGGGGAGGAGGGGGUCCGUGUUGGGCCUCUCGAAGGAGAUAUUGGAGUCUGUGGAUCCACGACAAGAAGAAGAGCACUCCACCGUCCUAAGAGAAGAGGUGGUGGGACGCGACGAAGAUGUAGAAGAAAUCAUCGACAUUUUGCAGCAACAACAGUCUGGCGAUUGUGAUGAAUGGCUGCUCAUAAGUGGCGGUGAUGGGAAGACGACCCUCGCUCGGUUGAUUUACCACCAUCCCUGGGUGCGCGAGAAUUUCCAGCAUCGAAUCUGGGUGGAUGUCCCAAACAUUGCUUCGUUGGAUCCGAAGCGGAUCAUGAGAGAAUUCACGAGAUCAAUAACCGGGGGAGCCAUGCGAGGACAUCUGGCUAUUCUACGAUGGAUUCCAUGGAAGCAAAUACUUGCUCGUUCUGGAUGAUCUCAACAUCGCGGAGGAGGACGAGGAUGAGUGGGUCCAGUUGGAGAACUUUCUGUUGCUCGUCGGCGCACCGGGGAGUACGGUGGUUGUCACCGCUGACUUUAGUUCUACUUAUCGUUUAUCGUGGUUGUCUGUCCGACGGUACUAUUUGGGGAACAUAUCGGAGGAUGCAUGGGUAAAAUUGUGCAUGAGACAAGCACUCAGCCGGCGUGACCGAGAGGAGGAAGCAAACGCGAUAAUUCAAUCCUGUAAGAGAGGCUAUAAUUCGAUUUAUGGGUCUCCCAAGGACGCCAAGAUUUAUGAAACUUCCGACGAGAUUGUCCAAUGGAAUAAAUAAGUUGAGAGGCUUGGUAUUACAACAUAAGGAGACUGACCUUCGACACAAAUAUCAAGUCUUACAUAUUCCAGAAGAUAUGUUUACCAACCUCGUACAUCUACGUAUAUUGCAUUUACGAGCCAUCAGACUCCAGCAAUUACCAAAAACAAUAGGUAAGUUACUUAUCUUAAGAUACCUCAACCACUCCCAAUCUGAGAUCCAGGUACUUCCUAAAUCCUUGUGCAAGCUUAUAAAUUUACAAGUCUUAGAUCUAUCUCAUUGCGAAAAGCUUGAGAAUUGUUCGACAUGAAACGAUGUGUUAUAUUCGACAGCUUGAGAAUUAUUGGAUGCGACGAUCUGGAAUUUUUGCCAGAGUGGCUGCAAGAAUACAACUAUCUGGAUUCUUUAUGUAUAUAUGACUGCAGAGCUCUGUCGUCCAUGCCGGAGAAGCUUAAACGAUUGCCAAAAUUUGAUGUUAAAGGUUGUCCAAAGCUGCGACUUUAACCGGCGGAGCAGACAUCAGGUUAUUUAGGUCCUCCUGCUUCGAGAGGCAUCAUCAGCACUCAGCCGAUGCAUAUGCAGAGCUUCCCGUUCGAGUAAAUGGUGCAGGAGGAGCUCUGGUACUUGUCCUUCAGGAUCUUCCUGCACACCGCAGCACACCGCUCGGGGGUGCAGGGGUCGAGCACCACGCCGCCCACGCACUCUGCAAGAUCCGGCGCCACGCCCAACGCCACCAGCAGCACCAAGGCCACCGCGAACGCACGAACGCUUUGAUCAGCCAUUAUUCUCUCAAAUGUAUAGCUUCAGAGGUACCAAGCAUCGUCUUAUAUAGAGGUACAAACCAUUGGCCAUAUCCGGUCAAAUGUCUUGAGAGAGAAAAUGUAAAGUAUAUAUAUAUAUAUAUAUAUAUAUAUAUAUAUAUAUAUAUUCCAUCCUAUGAGUAUCCUAUUUUAAUUUAAUAAGAUUUUUUCUAUACGAUGAACUUAUUGGUGUGAAUCUGAAAACUUUUAAUACUCUUAACA